CUCUCCUCUCAUCUCGCCCCAAAUCCCCCACCUUCUUCCAGCACCCACACCGCACCCGCAAAUCCCCCACUCUCCCGAACCGGCGAUGGCCCCCAAGGCGGAGAAGAAGCCGGCGGCGAAGAAGCCCGCGGAGGAGGAGCCGGUGACGGAGAAGGCCGCCGAGAAGGCCCCGGCGGCGAAGAAGCCCAAGGCCGAGAAGCGGCUGCCGGCGGGCAAGACGGCGUCCAAGGAGGCCGGCGGCGAGGCGAAGACGAGGGGCCGGAAGAAGGGCAGCAAGGCGAAGAAGGGCGUGGAGACGUACAAGAUCUACAUCUUCAAGGUGCUGAAGCAGGUGCACCCCGACAUCGGCAUCUCUUCCAAGGCCAUGUCCAUCAUGAACUCCUUCAUCAACGACAUCUUCGAGAAGCUCGCCGCCGAGGCCGCCAAGCUCGCCCGCUACAACAAGAAGCCCACCAUCACCUCCCGGGAGAUCCAGACCUCCGUCCGCCUCGUCCUCCCCGGGGAGCUCGCCAAGCACGCCGUCUCCGAGGGCACCAAGGCCGUCACCAAGUUCACCUCCUCCUAGAUUGCAUCUGCAUUGCUUGUAUCUAUCUAUCUAUCUAGUAGCGACUGUAGCUGGUUCUGUUGCUUUAGUUGGUGCUUGCCGACUCUGGUUAUCUGGAACUCUCAAGUGCUCUUAUUGCUGGAUGGGGAAUUGAUUGAUGGAUGACUGCCAAUGCUCUGUUGCCUCUUUUGGCAAACUGAUAUAUCAAAAGCAGUAGUUCAUUUCAGCA